AAGAGAUAAGUAGGGUAGGAUAGGAAAAGCAGAGGAAAGAGAUGUUCAGGGGAGAUGCAAAUGAAGGCGCAGGAUCAGUUCCCUUUGGAAAUUAGCUCAGCAUUUCCCGGGGGACCAUCAGCUCCACCAAUAGGUGUUCAGACAAGCUCUGGAAAAUGAAGAGGCCAUCGCUUUGGAUGUUGGCCUGCUGUGGUGGAAAGCCAGCCAGGGCCUGCAGGCUAAAGCUGUUUUGUUAGAGUGGACAGUUUCCAGUAUAUUAUCCUUAACAAAAGGCUCUGCACACUGGACUCUGUCAAGGAUUGCACCUGCCCGAAUCUCCCUGGGAGCUGUGGCUAGAGCUCCGGAGGGCUCAACAGUUGCUGAGAACCAGCCCUAGACCUCUGCCUGAGGGUCCUUGCUCUGAAGACUUACCAGUGUGUGGAGCCUGCCCCACACCACCCCCCGCCAAACCACGGCCUUUACCUGUGUCUUCCGGUGUUUCCCGUGUGACCCAUCCUGUGGGAGGGCCUCGUGGGCGGCCCCAGAGUUCACCCCACGCUUUGCGGCGCCAAUGGUGAAGAUGACAAGAUCCAAGACUUUCCAGGCAUAUCUGCCCUCCUGCCAUCGGACCUACAGCUGCAUUCACUGCAGGGCUCACCUGGCCAAUCAUGAUGAACUAAUUUCCAAGUCGUUCCAAGGAAGUCAAGGACGAGCAUAUCUCUUUAAUUCAGUAGUUAAUGUGGGCUGUGGACCUGCAGAAGAGCGAGUAUUGCUAACGGGACUACAUGCGGUUGCAGACAUUUACUGCGAAAACUGCAAAACCACACUGGGAUGGAAAUAUGAACAUGCUUUUGAAAGCAGCCAGAAAUAUAAAGAAGGCAAGUACAUCAUUGAACUAGCACACAUGAUCAAGGACAAUGGCUGGGACUGAGUGGACAGUAGCCACCCAACCCAGUGUCCACAUGAACGCCAUCCAACAGAACAUCCUACCCUGCGUGAGAGAGUAACUGAACACUUGGUUCCAUCCACUUGGGGGCCUUGCCAUCUGGGGCGUCCUCCCACUCUGACACCAUCUUUCUGGUGACUGGCCUCUAAAUUGCUGUCUCUCUGUCUCUUUGCUUUGUAUCUGUUUGUGAGUUGAUCCUGGCUUCUCUCUCUGUUCUAGUGUUUGCUGAAAACAAAACAACUUAAGGAACAGAUCCUUGACCGCACGGCAGCAGCCUGCCUUGCAACGGGUCCCAGGGCCCUGCAAGAGCUGCCUGAUGGCCUCUUGUCAGGAGAGCAGUGGCACGUGGGUGUGAGGAAGAGGGAAAAGGGGAACCCUGAGGUCCUGGGUGGGCAGGGGGUGGGAGGGUAGAGGAAGGGACAGAACUGUACCACUCCUGGAACCCUGGUAACUUAGGCUUGAAAUAUUCGACUUGUCUAAAUGGACAAAGAGAAAAAAAAUACCUCAUGACUGAAUUCUCUCUGAUCAGAAGCCUCUCUUCCUGACACCGCACGUGCCAGGGUAGCAGAUGAGCACAGAGGGGCUCUCAUUCCAGCUGACAGGACAAAGGGCCUGCUUCUCUCCAGCUGAGCUGGGGAAAGUCCGGGUAGCAGGGAGUGAGGUGGGCGAAGCCCAGAUGGGUUCUGAUGACUCUGCCUCAUGCAGCCUCCAGGGAAGCAUUGUCUUUGCCUGCUUAGCCCCUGACGGCGAGGGAAGAGGGGACUGCCAUUUGCAGUGAGUGUAAGAUGGAACCCAUCCCAAAGGCUUCAACCAUCAACCAUGUAAAAUCAGAAAUGGAGGAGAGUAGGGCGUAAGGGGGGGUUGCCGCGUGGAGCUCCUGAAGAAGGGCUCAGCUACUGAGCCGCAAAACAAAACACAGAGGCCAGUUAGUGAUUCUGACUGCCUUUCUUUUCCUGACUCUCAAUAAGAGUAAUAUGAUGGGGGGAGGGCUCAUCAGAUCAGUGCAUAUUUCCUCUUUGCUUAGCAGUGGGAUCAGCAGUCCUUUGUUCAUAGUGUUUCAGCUGUUUUUAUCCAGUUCGAUCAUUGUAGACCAUGGAAAACACAGACAUAGGCUUUAAGCCUGGUGAUAACCUGGUUGGUGGGUUCCUCGUGUCCUAGCUGGGUUUUUAUUUUAUUUUUUUAUUUGAUCUGAAUGUCUUAUAUGGCAGAGAUCUGUUAUGCGGUCCAGCAGUUGGGAGGGGUUACAAAUUCCAAUAUUAUCCUCUGCCCCCACCCUCCCAUCCAAGCUUCAUUGUGUUGGGGAAGUGGAGAACAAAUCCCUGUAAGACUUGAGAGAAAGACGAGUUUGUUACAUUUUGAUCAACACUGUGAAGUCUAUUCAGUGGCAGUUCAGCCAGUAUACGGUGCAUGACCGAAACUCAUUUCACUGAGUUAAUUUCAUUUCAUACGUUAUUAAGAUGUGUGCAUAUUAGGUAAUAGUUAGCAUCUCAUUCUGCAAGGAGGCUGAUCCUAUAGGAAAUUGCAGCUUUAAGGGUCUCCAAAAAAAAAAAAAAAAUGUGAGUUCACGGAGAUAAGAAUCUGUAAAAUUGAUAGAUUAAAGCAGCCAACCCAGGACAUUUUCAGAAUCUCAUCUGUAGUAAAACUGAAUUUCCAUGGAGAGUAAGUCCGUGCUGGAAGUGCCUCUUUGGGCCUGUGUCCUGAUUGCAGGAUGGGAGGAGCACAAACUUAGUCCUACGCUGCCAGCAGCAGGUGGCAGGGAGACAGGAAGUAGGGUGGCCUGUGUCCAGCAGUGGACUGCCUCUCCUCCAUGUUUUUUUUGGGUUUUUUUUUUUUUUUUUUUUUAAAAAAAGGCUUCUAGAAAUUGACCUGUGUUCCCCAGGGUGCCUUGUCCAGCCCUUUCCAUUACUUUUGUAGCCCUAGAGUUUACGCUGUCCUCCCUACUUUGUUACAAGACAGACUUGGAAGGUUCACAAGUAUUUUAUUUCUGCUCCCAAAGAAAUUGUCCCCUGGCUCUCAGGCCCAAGUUCUCAAUAAACAUUUUUCAACUCUUA